CUAUGAGCGAUUGAUUUGCAUUGAAAACGAGUUUUUUCUUAACUACUAAUCCAGUAAUUCAUUCACGCAUUCAAUGCUCAACUCAAAUAUCCCCUCAAAAACAUACAUACAAUAAGUGAAACACUAUUUCUAGCUAUUGAUUGUUAAAUGUCUUAAAAUGUCGGCCAAACGGAUCGGUAUCAUCGGCGCCGGUAUCUCAGGCAUCGCCGGCGUGAAGGCCUGUCGUGAACAGGGAUUCACGGAUAUAGUGGUCUACGAGAGGACUGAUAGGAUAUGCGGUCUCUGGAGGUAUAGCGAGGACGACGUCGAGGGAAACGCUAUGAUUAUGAAGACAUUGGUGUGCAAUACCAGCAAAGAGAUGACUGCUUUUUCCGAUAUGCCUGUCCCUCAGGAAUAUCCCAAUUAUAUGCCCAACAAUUAUAUGGCCCAGUACUUGGAGUCGUGCGCCGAUAGUAUCGACUUUAAAUCAUACGUCAAAUUCAGACAUCAAGUGAUAAAUUGCGAGAAAAAUGUGGACUACGAAGAGACGGGAAAAUGG